UCACACUGCGGACUGCUCCGGCUCCAGAACCAGCGCUCCUCUGAUCAGCUGACCGUCGAUCGGCCGCCUGGGCUCGGUUCCGUGGAGGGGAUGUCCCGGCUGCUGGAGAGCAGGAGACAGGACAGGAUGAGGGAGAUCAACCUGAAGAACAAGGAGAAGGUGCGUCUGAAGGAGCGAGAGAAGGAGGCGCGAGAGAGGGAGGCCAGGUACAGCAAUGGCCACCUGUUCACCUCGCUGACCGUCUCCUCCACCACUCUAUGCUCCUCCUGCAACCGGAGCAUCACGGCCAAGGAGGCGCUCAGCUGCCCAGCAUGUAACGUCACCAUCCAUAACCGCUGCAGAGACAGUCUGGCCAGCUGUGCCAAGAUGAAGCAAAAGCAACAGAAGCUGACGUUGUCUAGAAAUUCUUCAGCUCUGCAGAACGUCACCAUGCGCAACAAAACUCCGAUGAUGAAGGAGCGUCCCAGCUCGGCCAUCUAUCCCUCAGACAGCCUCCGUCAGUCUCUGCUCGGCUCCCGACGCGUUCGCUCCGGUCUCUCAUUGGCCAAGAGCGUCUCCACCAAUAACAUCGCAGGGAUGAGUGAUGAAUCUGUAGGUCUCAGGAGGAUUCUGUCUCAGUCCACAGAGUCUUUGAACUUCAGGAGCAGAACUCUGUCCAUGGAGUCUCUGACCGACGACGGUGAGUGGUGGUGGAGCCCCCUGCUGGAGGAGCUGCAGGAGGAGGGCCGCUGUGUUCAGGCCGACAGCUGGAGUCUGGUUGUGGAGCAGAACUUCCUGAAGACGCUUCAUAAAGACCUGAUCAAGAAGCAGGACGUCAUCUACGAGUUGAUCCAGACGGAGUUCCACCACGUGCGGACGCUGCGGAUCAUGGAGGGCGUGUACCGGCGGGGCAUGCUGGAGGAGGUGAUGCUGGAGGCGGCCGUGGUCCACACCAUCUUCCCCUGUCUGGACCAGCUGCUGGAGUGGCACUCCGGCUUCCUGUCGGAGCUGCUGAACCGGAGGAAGGAGGGCCUGACGGAGGACAGCUCCCCCAACUUCACCGUCCAAAGCAUCGGAGACCUGCUGCUCAGACAGUUUUCAGGUCAGUCUGCAGACGACAUGAAGAAACUUUACUCUGAGUUCUGCAGUCGUCAUCCCAAAGCUGUGAAACUCUACAAAGAAGUUUUAACUCGAGACCGAAGGCUGCAGCCGUUUGUGAGGCGUGCCUGUCGUGGUCCUCUGCUGCGUCGCCAUGGCGUCCAGGAGUGCAUCCUGCUGGUGACACAGCGAAUCACAAAGUACCCCGUCCUCAUCCAACGAAUCCUCGACAACACCAAAGGCAGUGAAGAGGAGGCACAGGCGUUGAGACGGACCCUGCUCCUCCUGAAGGAGCUGAUCAGCUCGGUGGACAAGGAGGUGCUGGAGCUGGACCGGACCAGGAGGCUGCAGGAGAUCCAGGCCCGUCUGGACCCCCGGGCCCAGGCGGAGGUCCGGGGAGGAGGAGUCUUCAGAGGGGGAGAGCUGCUGAGGAGGAGGCUUCUCCACGAGGGGUCGCUCCUCUGGAAGGUCCAGGGCUCCAGGAUGAAAGAUGUGCAGGUCCUGCUGAUGUCAGACAUCUUGGUUUUCCUCCAGGAGAAAGAUCAGAAGUUCACCUUCGCGUCACUGGACAAGUCUCCGGUGGUGUCUCUGAACAACCUGAUCGUCAGAGACAUAGCCAAUCAGGAGCGAGGGAUGUACCUGAUCAGCGCCUCCACCCCUCCAGAGAUGUACGAGCUGCACGCUUCGUCCAAAGAAGGCCGGCGGACCUGGAUGAGCCGCAUCCAGCAGGCCGCUGUCAGUUGUCCGUCCAGAGAUGAGUUUCCUCUCAUCGAGACUGAAGACAAAGCUUUACUGCGCAGACUCAGAGCUGACAUCCAGCAGAAGGACAGGGAGGUGCUGGAGCUCCUGCAGGAGCGAGUGACUUUGUUUUCUGACCUGGUGGAGGCGACAGGAAGAGAAGGAGGAGAUGAAGAAGGAGGUGUGGAGCUCAGCACCACCUCCUCCUCUUCCUGCAGGAACCUGUUUAGAGCGGACACUCCUCACGCUCCUCAGGCCGAGCCGCUCCUCACCUCCUCCAUCACUGAGGUGGACAAACUGACUGAACUGCUGCUGAACUCCAACAUCCAGAAAUCCACCGUAACCAACGGCAACCAGGAGCUCAGCAACGGGGACUCUGGUUCUCUGAACGGAUCCUUUGAACUGAACAGCAGCUCCUCAAAGGACAGAAACGGCAACCAGCUGCAGGAGCGAACCCUGAGCCAGGAGGUCCGUCGGCGGUUGGUCAGUCUGAGCACGCAGCUUCACGCCCUGCAGGCUGCCGUGAUCCGUCAGGAUUCCAUCCUGGAGCUGUCAAUCAGAACAGACCCCGCCCCUUUGUCUAGCACAGGCCCCGCCCCCGGCCCCCGCCUCACCCGGUCGAUGUCGCGUGACGCAGGCAUGGACGCCAGCGGGGAGGCGGUGCUGCUGAGGCGGCAGGUGGAGAUGCUGCAGGAGGAAGUGACACGGCUGCGUAGGAGGGGGGAGGAGCCAGGAAGAGAGGGGGCGGAGCCAGGAAGCAAGAAGAGGAGCAAUGGAGAGAUCAGUGAUGUCAUCAAGGGAGAACAGCAGGGAAGCAGGAGGCGGGGCAGCAGGGAGCUGGAGUCCCGCCCCCUCGCACCAUUGGCCAGCCAGGAUCCUGUCGACCAAUUGGACGGCGUGGAGGAAGGAAACGGGGAGGAAGUGAUGAGAAUCUCUCCUCGCUCUGACAGCCCCAGAGACCUGCAGGACAUCCCAGAGGAGAGCGAGUGUGGAGGCGAUCCCAGUUAACGUCACACCUGUAGCUGAUGACCUCAGGGACCUGCUGAUGUCACCGUGAUGUCACCUCCAAGUCACCGUGGUGCCAGUCGCUGUCAGACUUUUAUUGUGAAAGCUGGAGAUGACGUCAUAUCCUGUUUUACAGAAGCGUUUUAGACCAAAUGGGACUAAAAUACCGUUUCUCCUGAAGUGUUUUCUGAAUGUUGCUGUUAGGUUAGAAACAGGAAGUAUAACCAUGUGACCUGUUUACAUCAUCAGCUGUGGCCCCGCCCAUACACGCUGGAGUGGGCGGGGCUUUGUAUUGGGAGGGCGGGGUUUAUAUAGUGGCACUGUUUUUCUGUCAGUGAGACUCAAAGAUGAGACACAUUAAUGGUCACCACACUACAAUACCCAGAAUGCCUUUGGAUAUCCACAACUUGAGUCACAACCUGCUGUGUUCAGUUGGAUUAUAAUGUUUCUUCUUGUGAGAACCAAACAUGUAAACUGUAUUUAUAUGGUAAUUUAAAACUAAUGGUAGUUUAACAUUAGAAACAUUAUGUAGAAUGUUACUAUCAAACAGACAAAGAGACUCAAAUCUGUUUCUGUCAUUUGUGAACCAAAAAAAAAAGAAUUCAAUUUAUAAGUUUACAGAAAUGUUUCUAGAAUUAAGCAGUUUUUAAAGAAUCUCUGAAGACAGUUUAGUUUGUUUCGGGGGUGGGGGGGGGGUCAGUGGUGUUUUUAAAGAAACAGGAAACUGUUUGCUGUUUGACUGAAACAUGAGAUCCAUGCUGUCUGUUAGCAUGUUAGCAUGUUAGCAUGGCUGUUUCUUUUAUACUUGUAUAGAACCUGAUCGUAUAUUGUCUUAUUGAUUGGUUGGUUUUAACCAACAGCUUGAUUGAGGAUGUUUUUAAUGAGCUGAAAAUUUUAAAGGUGGCCGUUCAGUCAGUGUUGAUGGUAAAUGUAGUUUAUUGAAGCAAUAACUUCCUCAGUACUGCUGUUUUGACCAGAGGGCUGAGUUCUCCUGCUGUGCCUACAUUUACCAGGAUGCAUUGCACGUGAGCGUCUGCCGGUCUUAUCCUGGACUCUCAUGAAGCCACAGCGUCUCUGCUGAGUCUCUGGAUCAAUAAACACCGCUGAACUACAGUCAGACUGUAGAAACACUGGAGACGCCCUCGUCCUCUGACCUCAUAUUAUGGGAUGCCAAGACCUCUGUUAGCUAUACAAGAAAAGAGAACACAGUGGUUGAGUUUCUGAGCUCCAUCUGGCUGUCUGGAGAACUACAAUCUGAACAUGUCUGUAGUUCUUCUUCGUCGCUGUCAGUCACAUGACUGGAUGCAGGAGGAACUACACAUUCAUCAUCCUGUGUCAGUACAGCAGCACUGAGGAGUUCAAUGCUUUAAUGGACUACAUUUACCAUCAACACUGACUGGAACGUUUCCCUUUAACCAAAAGCUGUUGAUCUGCAGAGCAGAACUGUAUUCAAAGUGUUUACUGAUGAAGGACGGCAGCAGAGAAAAUAAUGUGAGGUUCCAACACCUGCAGAUUUUACAAAUAUUUCAUUUUAGAUUUAAAAAGAUGAAGGAGCACGUUCGCCAUGGAUACAGUAACCAUGGACACCGUGAUGUUCAUUCUGAUGGAUUUAAAUCAAAGCUGCUGAUGAUCUCAGUGUGAAGGACGACAGGGGAACGUCUCACCAUCAUCAGGAGUCAACGUGAGGAACGGUGUGAACAUCAACCUCCAGACUGAACGAUGUGCAUAAAAUAUUUAAUGACCGUGUGAAGGAAUAAAAACCUCCAAAGUGUUAAAGGUCACAUGAUACAGAAACAAUGCCUACAUAAAAAUGAUCUUCAUCAUUGUUCUCUGAAACACAUUUAAACAUUUCAAAAAUAAACAGAACGACGGUUUAAAGGAGGAAUUCACAUAAAAUGAAAUAAAUAUUAAUCUCCUAAUAAGAUGCCAAGUUAGGGUUAUAUUUCAUCAUUGGAGCUCAUGUUUUCUUACUGCGUGUUUAUUAAAAUUACAAAUCUCCUUAGUACAUUUCUAUAUUUCAGGUGUUUUGGUAUCAUGUGAUCCUUCAAACUGCAGCUGAGUUUUUAUCAUGAAGUUUUAUAGACUCGUCCUGUCGAUUUCAGAAGUUAAAAUGUUCAGAAGAUAAAAUGUUCAGACUGAUCUGGAGUCAGCGUCUUAUUAUAAUGUAGUUUUUAACUGUAGAAACAUUCUAAUGAAGUAAUUGUUUGUAUAAAGAUUUGAUCAGAAAGCUGAAAAUGAUUUUUGCUGUAAGCUUAUUGUUUGUGUGCUCAUUAUAAAUCUAAUCAGCUGGACAACAUGUUGAUGUUGCUGUUUUUAUUUCUGCAUAAAGUACUUUUAAUCUCCA